ACAUGAAAGGUGCAUUAACAGCAGCACAAAUUUCUGAGGCAUUGAACCUGACAAGCAUGCGGGAUAGACAAUGGCAUAUCCAGGCUUGCUGUGCAUUGACCGGUGAUGGAUUAUUUGAAGGGCUGGAUUGGAUUGUUAGUCAAAUAUCAUAG